CUCAUAUCUAAAAGCAGAAUUUUCCAAAUUGGUCACAGAGAUUCAUGCUCAGUGUUUCUCUCCUCAUUUAUCUGUCAAACCUCUAUACCAUUUGUUGUUCUUCAAAUCUUAUAUUUCACCAUGGGAAUCGGUCUCUGUCAUCUGGAGAAUUGGACGUUUAACCCUUUUCUGUUAGUACUGUUCUUUUCUCGUGUCAAAGUCUGAUUUAACCACCUUACACCUCCACUGAAGUUUAAAUGGUUGAUAUUGAAACUCUGUUGAUGUUGUCAAAUGUGACAGACAUGAAUAAAGUAGACAAUCUUCUAGUUUUUCCUCAUGUAUUUGUUUGUAAAUAGAAACAGUGAUUCAGAAACUAUAUAUUCCAUUCAAAUGCAAACCAUGUCCAGAAAUUAGCUGUGCUAGUCCCAUGAUGUAUGUGUAUGUAUGUAUGUGUGUGUGGGUGUGUUUGUGGAUACUAGUGUGUGUGGACGCGUAAUAAGUGUGUUUUGGGUUUCUCGAGGCUGUGUUUUACUCCUGUCCGCCCACAGCACCAAACUGCCUCUUCCACCUUCGAAACACUAACAGAACUGAGCCAGUUACACUUGGAUCAUGUUUUAAUGUUUUAACCGCGGAGCGGAGGUCCGGUUCGGUUCCGUUCGGCAGCGGCUCUGGGCGGGUUUUAUGCAGCUGGACUCACGCUGAGGGAGGUGAGGGAGGAAAUGGCGGCCGAUCUUCAUAAAUAUCUGCGAUUUUGGAAAAAAAUAAAAUAAAUAAAAGACAUUUUACUUGUGGGGACACUUAUAAACUCCAGAAGAGACAGAAGAUGUUGAGAAAAUGAUAGCAGCUCAGGACCUUCAAGCAGACUUUUACCAGGAAGGACACUCUCGGCUCUCGGACACCGAUCUUGAAGAUCUUGAGGGUCGUAAUGGCAAACCUGGAAAAGGAAAGAAGGGGAAGAAGACCCUUGGAGAGAAGUUGAAGGGGUCAGAGGUGAGAGGUCGGGUAAAUGGCCACCAUCAGGAGAAUGACAUGGAGAAUCUCAGUUUGUUCGAUAUUGUCAAAUUGGGCAAGAGUGCCACACAGUCAGUGGUGGAUGAUUGGAUUGAAUCCUAUAAGACCGACAGAGACUCUGCCCUGUUGGAACUCAUCAACUUCUUCAUCCACUGCUCUGGUUGUAAAGGUGCUGUGAGCUUCGAGAUGUUCCGGCACAUGCAGAAUUCUGAGAUCAUCAGGAAAAUGACGGAAGAGUUUGAUGAGGACAGUGGCGAUUACCCACUGGCUAUGGCGGGUCCUGUGUGGAAGAAAUUUAAAUUAAGCUUGUGUGAGUUCAUCUCGGUCCUGGUCCGACAGUGCCAGUACAGCAUCAUCUAUGAUGAGUACAUGAUGGACACGAUCAUCUCUCUCCUCACCGGCCUGUCCGACUCACAGGUCAGAGCGUUCAGACACACCAGCACCCUGGCAGCGAUGAAACUGAUGACUGCUUUGGUGAAUGUUGCUCUGAAUUUGAGCAUCAAUUUGGACAACACACAACGACAAUACGAGACAGAACGCAACAAGAGCAUCGGGAAACGAGCCAAUGAACGUCUGGAGUUCCUGCUGCAGAAACGCAAAGAGCUCCAGGAAAACCAGGAUGAGAUUGAGAACAUGAUGAAUGCCAUUUUUAAAGGAGUAUUCAUUCAUAGAUACAGGGAUGUGAUUGCUGAGAUCAGGGUCGUUUGCAUUGAGGAGAUUGGUAUGUGGAUGAAGAUGUACAGUGAGGCUUUUCUUAAUGACAGCUACCUGAAGUACGUGGGAUGGACCAUGUAUGAUAAGCAAGGUGAGGUCCGUCUGAAGUGUCUUACAGCUCUUCAGGGUUUAUAUUAUAGCAGAGAACUCAACGCCAGGCUGGAACUCUUCACAAGCCGUUUUAAGGAUCGAAUUGUGUCCAUGACUCUGGAUAAGGAAUAUGAUGUUGCUGUUCAGGCCAUUAAGCUGCUGACGCUGGUUCUGCAAAGUAGUGAUGAGGUCUUGACUGCUGAAGACUGUGAGAGCGUCUAUCACUUGGUUUACUCCGCCCACCGACCAGUUGCCGUGGCAGCGGGGGAGUUUCUCUACAAAAAGUUGUUCAGUCAUCAUGGUCCAGAGGAUGAGGGGCGGCCCAGGAGAGGCAGACAGUGCUUGAAUGCUAACCUCAUCAGAACAACUGUCUUGUUCUUUCUGGAAAGUGAGCUUCAUGAGCAUGGUGCCUAUCUGGUGGACAGCUUGUGGGACUGUGCGUCAGAGCUGCUGAAGGACUGGGAGAGUAUGAUCAGCCUGUUGCUGGAUGAACCGUUCCCCGGAGAGGAAGCUCUCAGUGAUGCUCAGGAAACUGCUCUGAUUGAGAUCAUGCUCUGUGCUGUCAGACAGACUUGUGAGUGUCACCCACCCAUCGGACGAGGCUCUGGCAGAAGGGUUCUGACAGCUAAAGAAAAGAAAACCCAGCUGGAUGAUCGAACAAAGAUCACAGAAACAUUUGCUGUGGCUUUGCCUCUGUUAUUGGCUAAAUAUUCAAUGGAGCCAGAGAAGGUCACUAAUUUGUUGCAGUUUCCUCAGUAUUUUGAUUUGGAGAUCUAUACAACUGGUCGGCUGGAGAAGCAUCUGGAUGCUCUGCUGCGUCAGGUCCGUGAUGUGGUGGAGAAGCACACAGACACCGAUGUAUUAGAGGCAUGUUCUGUGACAUUCCAUGCACUGUGCAAUGAGGAAUUCACCAUCUAUAACCGUGUAGAUAUUGUCCGCAGCCAGAUGCUUGAUGAACAGAUUGACAAGUUCCACCGCUUGCUAGAAGAUGUCCUGCAGGAGGGGGAGGAGCCUGAUGAAGAUGACGCCUAUCAAGUUUUGUCAACGCUCAAAAGAAUCACAGCCUUCCACAAUGCCCAUGACCUUACUAAAUGGGACCUUUUCACCAGCAACUAUAGACUUUUGAACUCUGGCCUGCAAAACGGGGAUAUGCCUGAGCAGAUCGUGGCUCAUGCACUCCAGUGCACUCACUAUGUCAUACUCUGGCACUUGGCUAAAGUCUCAGAGGGCAAUAAGGAUGAUAUGGUGCUGUUGAGGAGGCAGGUGAGAGCCUUCUGUCUGAUGUGUCAGAGGUACCUGAACAGCAUCAGCACCACUGUCAAAGAACAGGCCUUCACCAUUCUUUGCGAUACGCUCCUAAUCUUCAGUUAUCAGAUUGUGGCGUCGGGGCGGGAAGCUUUAGAGCCCCUGGUGUUUACUCCAGAUGCAUCUUUAGAGAGCGAACUACUCAACUUCAUCCUCGAUCACGUGUUUGUUGACCAGGACGAGGACAGCAGUACAGACGAUGAGGCCGGUAAGAUUGAGGCGCUCCACAGACGCAGGAAUUUACUGGCCGCCUUCUGUAAAUUGAUCAUCUACAAUGUGGUGGACAUGAAGACAGGAGCAGAUGUCUUUAAACAGUACAUGAGAUACUAUAAUGAUUAUGGUGACAUCAUUAAGGAGACCAUGAGUAAGGCUCGUCAGAUCGACAAGAUUCAGUGUGCCAAGACUCUGAUCCUCAGCCUGCAGCAGCUGUUUAAUGAGAUGCUGAGUGAUCUAGGCUGUAACUUUGAUCGUUCCGCAUCUGCAUUCUGUGGGAUUAAAGAACUGGCCCGACGCUUCUCGCUCACAUUUGGACUCGAUCAGCUCAAAACCAGAGAGGCCAUUGCAAUGCUCCACAAGGAUGGAAUAGAAUUUGCAUUUAAAGAACCCAGUCCACAGGGAGAAGGCGGCCCUCCUCUCAACCUUCCAUUCCUUGACAUCCUCAGUGAGUUUUCCUCCAAACUACUGAGGCAGGACAAGAAGACUGUGCACCUGUAUCUAGAGCGGUUUAUGACCUUUCAAAUGGCCCUGCAGAGGGACGAUUGCUGGUUGCCGCUCAUCUCCUACCGGAACUCCCUGCAAGCGGGCGCUGAUGAUGAUACAAUGUCUGUCAUCAGCGGCAUGAGCAGCAGGAGCUCCGCCCGCAGUCGCAGGAGCAAACCACCUGCCGCCAACAAGAGAAAACUGCCCGAGGAGGAGAGUAGCUGCAGCAGCAGUGACGUGAGCGCGUGGGUCAACCGAGAGCUGAGUGGCCCACACACUCCUGUAAUGAUGUCAUCACCCCACAUUGUCUCCACUGUCCUGCGGGACGCAAAGAAGCUCCGCCCAGAGCAGGGGUACAUGGGAGUUUACAGCAUGAGCAAUGAAACGCAACACACACCCCUGCAGCAGCCGCACCAACAAAUGGACUACAAUUCUCAGGUCGCGUGGAUGAUAGCCCAAAAACAGCAGCAGGAUAGAGCAAGCCUGCAGUACAGCAAGAUGAGAGGCCACAUUCAGCACACCAUUCGCCGUGGCAGCGGACUGAUGGAAGAUGAUGAGGAGCCAAUUGUAGAGGAUGUGAUGAUGUCAUCAGAAGAACGACUGGAUGACCUUAAUGAGGGCAUGGACUUCGACACCAUGGACAUUGAUCUGCCUCCAUCCAAAAACCGCAGGGAGAGAUCAGAGCUGAAACCAGACUACUUCGACCCUGCCUCCAUUAUGGACGACUCGGUUCUUAAUGUCUCCAUGUUCUGAGAUGGGUAAAUGAGAGCAGCGGUGACAUGUUUCUCCUUUUCUGAUUUUACUCCAUGGACUAAAUGCACAUGAUGGUGCUGUGUAUCGUUCCCUCCUGAAAACACACCAUAACUUUUCAUCUGUACAUAUAACAGCCUAUUGGGCGACCGACAAACAUUUACAGCAUGAGAUCAGACUUAUGUAUUCAUGCUUUUUUUGUAAUGGAGGUUUAAAAAUAGCUGUUUUUUGUAACUCCUGGAGGAGUUUUGAUUUUUUUAGGUAAUUUUGUAAAGACAAUCAGUUGUAAAUGACUUUAUAAAGGGUGAUUGAAAUCUAAAAUUUAUAACUCAACUUUCCUUAAAGAGUUUAGACUUGCAGUGUCUGUUUUCUCCCCAUUACUUCUCUCUCGUUUUUGCUUUUUAACCAUCAACUCACAAUGUUUUCGCUUUUCAGAAGUAGGUUAAACCUCAUAUUGUGAUGAUAUUCCUCACUCCUUACUUGUAUGGUGGUGGUUGGCUGAUUGAGAGUCUUUUAUUUUUAUUAUAUCAUCUCUAAGAGCUGAUUGGCUGAAACUUUGAAAGCCUGCCCCUCUCUCAAAUUUAAAUUAAUUUCUGAAAAAUAUAUUUUUUUUUCAACUUUAAAUUUUAAAGGUUUAUCUGCAUAAAGAGUAUUGCCCCCAUUUCAGAGAAAAGCUCUUUCUGUAGAAUAAAGAAUUUCUUUUUAAAGGUUAGAAUUAGGUAUUAUAAUAUAUUGUUAUAUAUCUUAAAUAUAUAUAUAUAUAUAUAUAUAUAAUUAUAUAUAUAUAUGUAUUAUUAUAUAUGUAUUAUUUUGUUUUACACACAAUGUGUAAUGUAAUGUGAAUCAUUGCUGGUUUAUAUUUAAGUUAAUAUUUUUAUGUUUGGUAUCCAACCUACUGUUUCAAUCAUGCUUCAUCUGUCCUGAAAGAAUCACUGAUGUUUAAUUCACUUCACAAGCUCCACUGUGAAAAAUUCUAUAAUCUUUCUCCAUUGUGUAGUUCAUUGAGGUAUGGAUUCAGGUUGUGGGUUGUUUUUGAGGUUAGCUAGUUGAAAUCAUGAAUGGCUUGUUAAUCAGAGCGAAUCAUGACGAUUGUUCUUGUGGUAAGAAAUCUUGGCAAAUGUAGCCAUGAUGAUCGUAUGCAGGGUAAAUGCAUUUCUGCAAGGAGCUUUUGUUCAGGAUUGGAAAGGAAACUUCUUUUUUUAUACAUGCAUUUCACACAUAGUUGGUCAUUUGUCCCACUUUGAUUUUAAUUUCCAGUUCUGCAAUGUCUCCUUAUUUCCAAAAGUGUGUGAGUGUAUGUAUUUUAAUGUAUUGGACUGUACAUAAAAACCAAGAUGUUUUAUUCUA